GGAAUCAAUAUUUUGAAUGUUAGCCUGCCUAAUCAAUAAAAACUAGGAAUAAUAUUUCUCAGUUAGUAGUAAGCAGGCUGGUUAGUUACCCUGUUUCUUUAGCAUUGCGUAUUGAUUAGUAAAUCGUCAUAAUGAUAUAAAAACAACUGAUACCCAUAAUAAAAAAUCCACCAAUCAGAGAUGUUAAAAGUUUUGACCAAUCAAAAUUUGAGAUGUUGAAAAUUAUCAUUGACACUUGAACAGGAGAUAAUUUUUCAAUACUAUGGUGAUAACCUGAGUUGAAAAGUUGGAAAAAUUUAUAGUUUGGAUCAAGUUUUAAAAUUAUUUUUUAACAUCGGUUUAUUCAUAAAAUCGACAAAAGACACUAAAAGCGAAAUCAGAUAAUUCAAAGAUCAGCUAUCUACCAUAAUGAGUGUGAAAGGAUUCUUUAAAAAUGUGCUGAGCCCAGAUGGAAACAGUGAAGAGGAGGGUACAACUGCUGCUGCUGGUUCUGCUACCGCUGGAAUGAGCAACUUCCUAUCGGGUACAUCAAAGUUUUUAGAUUCAGUACAAACUAAAAAGAAUGGAUUGAUUAAUGACAUAUCUAGCAAAUUGACUUCAUUUAAAAUACCUGGGGAACAAUCAACCAAUGAAAAUGUUAAGAAAAAGAGGUCAAAAGAACCUGGCGAAGGCGGUGAUGGUGGUGAUGAUGAUGAUAGUUCUGCUAGUGAAUAUGGAGAUGAUGGUGAUCGUCCAAUGUACGCUGAAGUAGCUCCUUUAGAACGACAAGUGUCAGUUGAAAGUGUCGACAGUCUACCAGACGAUGAAGCGGAAAGACGGAAAGCCGAUAUUCGCGCCUUGGUUUCUAAUCUGUUACAACAAAGUCGUAUUGAUGAGAAAUCGGUCAAAGAUUUCCGCGAUUUCAUUGUGAGACACAGUGGUCGUUCAAGAUUUGCGAAGGAGUUGAAAUCUCAAACUAGAGGAAUGAAAGCUAUACCGAAUCAGAUACUUGAACAACUUGCCUUAUUCAUUGGACCAUUAUUAAAUCAAUGUAAUGAAAAUGAAGAUUAUGCACCAGCUUACAUAAUCAUGCAGUUAAGCUUCACAUUAUACCAUGAAAGUGUUUCAUCGAAUGUCACAGUCAAUCAAAAGUAUCUUUAUACAUUACUGAAAGAACAAGUGAUUUGGCAAUCGAUGAGAUUUUGGAAUGCUGCUUUCUUCAUUGCAUUACAACGUGAACGUGCUGAACGUCAAGCUUGCAUUGUUCAUGAAAGUGAAGAUCCAAUAAAAGCAGAGGCGGAAUUUCAGAAUGAUAUCGUUUAUACUCAAUUGAGUAAAUUUCUCUGGCGGAUGUACACCUUAGGAAUAGGACAUGAAGCUUGCUUGGACUUUUUACGUAAACAAGCCAGUGCAACUAAUCUGCCCACUGAUAUGGUCAAGACAAUUCAACGAAAUGUUCAACACUUCUUUGAGACUGUCAGUCAUAAUGAAGUCUCUUCAUAAUUUGCAUUGUUAAAGCACACUGACUGAUGACAUAAGAUUUUAAAAAGGACCUAUAUGUGUCAUAUAAAUAUAUAUAUUUAUUUAUUGAUUAAUUAAUUAUACACCUCAAACACAUAAUGCUCACAGUAUAUUUAGUCAUUAUGAGUAAGUUUUAUUGUGAAGGGAAUAUUAUUUGUGAUUGGUUUCUUUGGAGAAACUUUAUAUCAAUGUAUAUCUAUCAUCCAUCUAUCUAUCCGUCUACCUAUUUACUUGUCCAUUCACAUCUAUUGUCCUCUUGAGGAAUAAACCAAAAAGCAGAACCGAUUCUAAUCAUCACUCUAAUUACUCCUUAUCUUUGAUAUGUGUUUGUUUUUCUGGUUGAUUAGUUCCUUAUUUGCACAAUAAUACCUUGCCUAUACUUGUGUUGGUGUAUGUGUAUGUGUGUGAUUGUGGGUGUCUGUGUAUGUGUGCGUGUUUGUGUUCCAUUCGAUUUGUGCUUUUUACUCUAUAUUAUGUCAUGAACUUAUGUGUAAUUCUAUUCUGCUUUGAAUCUAUUGGCUAUGUUGUCUGUCAUUAAAGGAGAAAUAAAGAUAUAUACAUAUAAA